AUGUGCUUGAUGAUCCGCUACCACUUGAAUUCAUUAAAUAGUCAAUCUAAAUGGGACUGGUCUAUUGCCCUGUACUACAGCGCGAAUCGCAACCACCACACAGUUGUGAAAAUGCGACCCAAUGAUGCCUGCGGUGCGCAUUCACCCCAUGUAAUGGACAGAGCUGAACACGAAGGAAUCAGUAACGAUAACAACACGUUCCAAAAUGGUGCAGUCAAAGUAAUUACCAGUCGUACGGUGGAAAACCACAAACUCUGGAAUGCCGCCACGUUAUCCACGCCCAAGUACGAGAGUUCAAAAAGGCUGGGAUUAUUUCGAACCGGACACUCCACAAUAAUAAGCUCACACCAAUCACUGACCAGCCCCGAGUUCAAACUAACGUUUCUGCUAAAUGUGACAAAGUGA